CAAUUAGAGGAAGAAAGCAGAGCCAUACAUAUAAAGCACUAGGCAAUUUCCCAAAGAAUAGAAUAGAGAAGCCAAAAUAAACUCUCUUUCUUUCUCUCUUUUUUCUUUGGCUUUGACUCGCACGGUCUUGGAUCUAAUCGAAGAACCCUAACCCAAUCCGAAGGAAGAAACAUCUUCGUUGUUGUUGCGUCGCGUAUCGAUCGAUCCAAAAGAAACUAGCUUUGGCAGCUCCCGAACCAAAACCCCACCUUAGUCUCAGGCCAUGCGACGCUGGUCAUCGUUCUCCGCCAUCGCCCUCUCCCGAGAGGACUCCUUUUCUUUCGCCGCCGAUAAUUUCUCCGCUUCUCGCUUAGCUUCCUUCUUCUGCACCAGUAGCCAUGUCCUCCGAUACUCACGCCGCCACACACCCCGCCACUCACGCCGCCCCUAAUAUCAACCCCAGGGGUCUUCUCUGCAAUGCUGCAGCUGGCGCCGCCGCCGGUGUUAUUGCUGCUACAUUUGUGUGUCCUUUAGAUGUAAUCAAAACUAGGUUUCAGGUUCAUGGGGUAGCGCAACUCCAUAAUGGACGUGUUAAAGCAGGCAGCAUCAUAGUUGGUAGCUUGGAACAAAUAUUUCACAAGGAGGGAUUGCGUGGCAUGUACCGUGGGUUGUCUCCCACUGUGCUAGCUUUACUGCCAAACUGGGCUGUAUAUUUUACCAUGUAUGAACAGCUCAAGAGCCUUCUUCAGCCUGAGGAUUGCCAUAAUCUUUCAGUUGGAGCUAAUAUGAUGGCCGCUUCUGGUGCUGGAGCUGCAACAACAAUGUUCACAAAUCCACUUUGGGUUGUCAAGACUAGACUCCAAACUCAGGGAAUGAGAUCUGGUGUUGUGCCAUAUAGGAGCACUCUUUCUGCAUUGAGGAGAAUUGCACACGAGGAGGGUAUUCGAGGGCUGUACAGUGGACUUGUACCUGCGCUGGCUGGUAUCAGUCAUGUAGCCAUCCAGUUUCCAACAUACGAGAAAAUAAAAUGUUACUUGGCAACUCAAGGUGACACAUCAAUGGAUAAACUUGGUGCACGUGAUGUUGCAAUUGCCUCAUCAGUCUCCAAAAUUUUUGCAUCAACAUUGACAUAUCCCCAUGAGGUUGUACGUUCCAGACUGCAAGAGCAAGGGCACCAUUCUGAGAAAAGGUACUCGGGUGUGAUUGAUUGCGUUCGGAAGGUUUUUCAGCAAGAGGGCAUACCUGGGUUUUACCGUGGGUGUGCCACCAACCUUCUGAGGACAACACCAGCUGCUGUAAUCACAUUCACAAGCUUUGAAAUGAUACAUCGUUUUCUUGUUUCGGUUUUUCCGUCUGAUCCGCAGCCUCAGAUUUUGUGAUUAUUGCUCACGGUGGUCGUCUAUCAUUCAUAACAAUAGAUUCCAAACAUAUCUAGUGAAGCUAGUAAUCCAUCUCUUGGUGGUGCAAAUCCCAUUCUUUGUGAUUUUUUAGGUGUUUAUGUAUGGUAGAGCCCCCACAGGUCCAUUUGGAACCCCGGUUUCUCUCGUUAAACUUGUUCAAAGUCAUUGUCUUCGUAGGGAGACCGAGGAUAAUAUAUAUCAGUGAUGAUGACGAUAAAGAUGAUAAUAUUGGUACACAUUCUCAUGGUUAUUACAUACAUUGAUGAUAAUAGUAUAGUGGUAUUAUGCAUCUCUUCUAUGACUAUCUAAAAAUCUAAAAUACUUGACACAUUUAACAAUCUUGCUCA